CCGGUACAGCAAAUUACUGUCCUACCGAAUCUACUAACUUACAUUAAAAUGCUUGUCGUUUUCGUCCCAUAAAUUGCACUCAUUAUUUGCACGUUUAAUAAAGUGCCGAGAAAAAUCUCCGUAGUACACGGACUUAAUAUAUUGAACGUUCUUCUAUUUUUAAAUCCGACCAAAAAAUCAUAUGAUUGGUAGUUUUAGUUAAAUUUAUUUAGUGAAGUAAUCAAACACAUAUUUAAUUCUAUUGACACAGCCUGUUUUGGGUUUUUUGAACUUACAUUAACUGAAUGAAAAUGUCUUCAGUCUGUAUUUAUUACAUGAGAGGAACUUGUCGAUUUGGUGACCGAUGUUGGAAUUCUCAUGAUCUCGACUCUGCACGGUCUGAAAGAGAAAGCCCACUUAACAGUUCAUCUGAUGAUAGAGAAGAGCAUGUUUCUAGUCCUGUAGCUUCACAUGCCAGUAGUGUUCCUAGGCCUAGGCCUAGACGUUUGGACUCGGCUCAAAAAUUUCAACGAAACCAAAAUAAUCUUGAAAAUACUGGGAAAUCAAGUGUUUGGUCUUUGUCAAAUAAAGAUUCCGGAGAAACUAGAGAAGGUACACCUGAUAGUAUGCUAGUUGAAGCUGUUAAAAAAUUAAAUGAGUCUGAAAAUGAAGUAAGGACUCUACGACAACAAUUACGUAAUAAAGAUGAUGGCGAUAAUUUUUCCUGGAUAGAACAUCAAUUAGAACAAGCCAUUGAAAGUGACCUGCAGUGUAAUAUUUGUUACGAAAUAUUUAUCAAGCCUACAGUUUUAAAUUGCUCUCAUACAUUCUGUCAUGAGUGUAUAGAAUCAUGGACUAGGCGUGUAAACCAUUGUCCUACCUGUCGCGUAUAUGUUAGAAGCAAAUCACACUGCUUAACUUUAGAUAGCUUUUUAGACAAAAUCUCUGAUCAUUUACCCGAAGAAGUAAAACAAAGAAGAGAAACUUUAAAAGUAGAAAGAAGUAAUAUUAGAGAAGGAAAUAGGAAUAGAAGAACCAAUAACAGACGUCGUAAUCGUGGUCAAUCUGUUCGACGAACAUUAAAUAUGCUUUGGGGAGAACGGAGUAGAGAAGGUGCUGAUUGGAAUAUAGCAUUAGAAGAAGCAUUGUUUGAUCCAAUUCGAUUAGGUGAUGUUUUAGGAAGUAGAAAUAGAAAUGAUAGGGAUGAAACUGAAUGGGAUGACAAUUUGUCUGACAGCAGUUUAGACAGAUAUCUCUUUCUUGGAUAACAGACCCGAAGAUCAUUUGAGUAUUGCUGUGUGAAAUAGUACCUAUUUCACUAGUAUUAUUUAACUACCAUAAACAUUAUCUGUAUUAGCAGAUUUCAUGACCUAGAUAAACCUAAUAUUUAGAUUAUAAGUCAAAUAAUUUUUGUGUAAAAAUGUAUUAUAUUUUGGCUGAUAUUAUACAAACAUUAUACUCCUCUGUAAUAAUUAUUAGAUUGUACGUGUUGCUCAAAUGCAUCACUUAUUAAAUACCAUGGCAUUAUUUGUAUAUUUUUGACGUUGCCUGAAAACCUAUUUUUUAUAUUUUACUUAGUUUUUCAGAUAGAAAAUAUAUUUUUUCUUGACUUAUAUUAAUUCUCUGAAUUAAUAAUUUAAACAUUCCUCUUUAAAAUAAUCUAGGAAUACAUUGUAUUUUUAGUAAAAUUAUAUUAUUUUAUAAAUAGAAUCUUUUUUUUUAAAUGUUCAUAGGCGUAAUUUGAACAAAAUGUUUGGGAGAUCUAUUUUAUUUUCUCCUCGUUUUAAAAAUAUUUCUUUAUGAUUAAUUUGUAAUUUUCAUAAUUUUUGGGAGUUUAGACCCUUCUAGACUGACCCCCACAUUGCGCCCAUGAGUAUAUUUUUGUUAAUUUUAAGAGAAGGUUAUUUGUACAUAAUGAAAUUAUUGUUAUUUAUUUAUUAUAAAUAUAUUAUAUGCUCUUUUGA